AUGAUGGCCCCUUGCCACAGUAUAAUUAAUAUUUCCUGUGGCAACAGCAGCUGGCCAAGUGAUGUCCGUGCCUCCCUGUACAGUUUAAUGGCUCUCAUAAUUCUAACCACUCUGGUUGGCAAUCUGAUGGUUAUAAUUUCCAUAGCUCACUUCAAGCAACUUCACACUCCCACAAAUUGUCUCAUCCAUUCCAUGGCCACUGUGGACUUUCUGCUGGGGUGUCUGGUCAUGCCUUACAGCAUGGUAAGAUCCGUGGAGAACUGCUGGUAUUUUGGAGAAAUCUUCUGCAAGGUUCACUCCAGCACUGACAUUAUGCUGAGCUCAGCAUCCAUUUUCCACUUGUCCUUCAUUUCCAUUGACCGCUACUAUGCUGUGUGUGACCCUUUGAGAUACAAAACCAGGAUCAACAUCCUGGCUAUUUUUGUAAUGAUCUUCAUUAGUUGGAGUGUCCCUGUUGUUUUUGCAUUUGGAAUGAUCUUCUUGGAGCUGAACUACAAAGGAGUUGAAGAGAUGUAUCAUAAACAUGUUCACUGUCUAGGCGGCUGCUCUAUCUUCUUCAACAAAGUAUCUGGGGGACUGGCCUUCAUGAUUUCUUUCUACAUUCCCGGAUCUAUUAUGUUAUUUGUAUAUUAUAGAAUAUAUUUCAUAGCAAAAAGACAGGCAAGAUCAAUUAAUGGGACAAACCAGAAGCUUCAAGUUGGAUUGGAGGAGAAAAAUGGAGUGCCCCAAAGUAAAGACGGGAAAGCUGCGAAGACCUUAGGCAUUGUGGUGGGCGUCUUCCUCGCAUGCUGGUGCCCUUUCUUUGUGUGCAUGGCCAUGGAUCCCUUCCUGGACUACACCGUCCCUCCUGCCUUCACUGAUGCGUUGAUUUGGCUUGGGUACCUGAACUCUGCCUUUAACCCAAUGAUCUACGCAUUUUUCUAUCCCUGGUUCAGAAGAGCACUGAAAAUAAUUCUAUUUGGUAAAAUUUUCCAGAAAAAUUCAUCGAGGCGUAAGUUGUUUUUAGAAUGCAACCCAUAA